CGCCACAGCUGUCUGCGAACACUGAGCUGCCUGGCGCCGUCUUGAUACUUUCAGAAAGAAUGCAUUCCCUGUAAAAAAAAAAAAAAAUACUGAGAGAGAGAGAGAGGAAAAGAGAGAGAGACGGAGAGCGCGCGCGACAGAGCGAGCCACGCAAUCUGACCGAGCAGUUUCUGCUCUCCCAGGUCGUACGCCUCCUCCUCCUCCUCUCUGCUCCUCGCUACCAGGUGACCCGAGGAGAGCCUCAGCCUCGGAGCCGCUGAGGGAGCCCCGGUGCAGAAGAGCCUCCCUUGCAGAAUUCCAGCCACCUUCGCUCGCCCUCCCCCCUUUUAGGACUUGGUCCCCCUUUAUCCUUCCGUACCUAUUUUUUGGAAUUUCUUUUUUCUUCCCCUUCUUCUCUUAACUACUGCUUACAGAUUUUUUUUUUUUUUAAAUCUCCUUUGCUUACUUUUCCUUCCCAGCGUUCCCAUUCCCCCACUGAAAACAAAUCAUUAACCGACCCCCGCCCCUCGGACGGCAGGAGCACCUGCAGAGCCUCGGAGCCCCCCGAUCCUCCAGCCCGACCGCCCUCCCUCUCCGCGCGCGGGUUCCGGGCCUGGCGAGAGGGCGCGAGCGCAGCCGGGGCCAUGGAGGUGACGGCGGACCAGCCGCGCUGGGUGAGCCACCACCACCCCGCGGUCCUCAACGGGCAGCACCCGGACACGCACCACCCGGGCCUCGGCCACUCCUACAUGGACCCGGCGCAGUACCCGCUGCCCGAGGAGGUGGAUGUACUUUUUAACAUCGACGGUCAAGGCAACCACGUCCCUUCCUACUACGGAAACUCAGUGAGGGCCACGGUGCAGAGGUACCCUCCGACCCACCACGGGAGCCAGGUGUGCCGCCCGCCCCUGCUGCACGGAUCCCUGCCCUGGCUGGACGGCGGCAAGGCUCUGGGCAGCCACCACACCGCUUCGCCCUGGAACCUCAGCCCCUUCUCCAAGACGUCCAUCCACCACGGCUCCCCGGGGCCGCUGUCCGUCUACCCCCCGGCCUCGUCCUCUUCGCUGUCGGCGGGCCACUCCAGCCCGCACCUCUUCACCUUCCCGCCCACCCCGCCGAAGGACGUCUCCCCGGACCCGUCCCUGUCCACCCCGGGCUCGGCCGGCUCGGCCCGGCAGGACGAGAAAGAGUGCAUCAAGUACCAGGUGCCGCUGCCCGACAGCAUGAAGCUCGAGUCCACGCACUCGCGGGGCAGCAUGACCACCCUGGGAGGGGCGGCCUCCUCGGCGCAUCACCCCAUCACCACGUACCCGCCCUACGUCCCUGAAUACAGCUCUGGACUCUUCCCGCCCAGCAGCCUGCUGGGGGGCUCCCCCACGGGCUUCGGAUGCAAGUCGAGGCCCAAGGCGAGAUCCAGCACAGAAGGCAGGGAGUGCGUGAACUGUGGGGCCACCUCAACCCCCCUGUGGCGGCGGGAUGGCACCGGGCAUUACCUGUGCAACGCCUGCGGGCUCUACCACAAAAUGAAUGGACAGAACCGACCCCUUAUCAAGCCCAAGCGAAGGCUGUCGGCCGCAAGAAGGGCAGGGACGUCCUGUGCGAACUGUCAAACCACCACCACGACGCUCUGGAGAAGAAAUGCCAACGGAGACCCCGUCUGUAAUGCGUGUGGGCUCUACUACAAGCUUCACAAUAUUAACAGACCCCUGACCAUGAAGAAGGAAGGCAUCCAGACCCGGAACCGAAAAAUGUCUAGCAAAUCCAAAAAGUGCAAAAAGGUGCAUGAUACGCUGGAGGACUUCCCCAAGGGCAGCUCGUUCAACCCGGCCGCCCUCUCCAGACACAUGUCCUCUCUCAGCCACAUCUCCCCCUUCAGCCACUCCAGCCACAUGCUGACCACUCCGACGCCGAUGCACCCCCCGUCCAGCCUCUCCUUCGGACCUCACCACCCUUCCAGUAUGGUCACCGCCAUGGGUUAGAGCCGCUACUCGACGCUUCCAGGCCUCCCAUCGAGAGUCCCUCCAGCCCCUCCCACGUGCAUUUUUGCAGGAGCAGUAUCAUGAAGCCGAAGUCCCACGGAUCUAUGUUUCUGAAGGCAGAAAGCGAAACGACGUUUGCCACUUUCGCAGAAGAGCUCACUGUGCUGUGUUCUCGAUCACCGAAUCUGGAUCCCAUUUGUGAAUAAGCCAUUCAGACUCAUGUUCCCUAUUUAUCAGGGUCUCUCUAGUGCUGUGAAGAAAAAAAAAAAAAGAAAGAAAGAAAAUAAACCACGCCGAACAUUGCAUAUAACUUAUAUUGUAAGAAAAUACUGUACAUUAGACGAAGACGUUAUCGCAUCUGGGUAGCUGUAAGAAAGGCAUGAAGGACGCCAAGAAUUUUAAGGAACACGGGGGAAAUAAAGUGCAGAAAUUAAGAAGAAACUAGGUCUGCUCCUCUCAUGGAUGAACCGCCAGUGUCAAUUCCUUGCACUGGUCGUGGUCCUUGGAUGGAUUAAAAGGAAAAAAAAAAAAAGCAAGAAAAAAAGAAAAAAGUCAUAGGCAAAUCAUUUGUUCAAAGCGGUGGGCCUCUGUCUGGAAAAUUCUGUCAGUUCUGGGCAGUCAGUGUGGCCACUCACGCACGCACGCAUUGCCAUCGAGGGGGUCCAAGAGCCUCGCUCAGGCCUCCCCGCUUUGUGAACAAGUCCCUGUAAUUGUUGUUUGUAUGUAUAACUCAAAGCACCAAAAUAAGAAGAGAUGUAGAUUUAUUUCAUCCUAUUAUACAGACUGAACGGUUGUACAAAUUUAUUUACUGCUAGUGUUAAGAACUACUUUCUGUUUUCAUAUUUUCCUUCUCUCUCAAUUUUUUGGUUGAAUAAACUAGAUGACCUUCAGUUGACCUAA